GGCAAAACAAAAAUGGCGGAAACAUUUUGCUGAUUUAAAACGUCGUUUUCUACUUUUCAAAGACAAAAUACGUAACAAAAAAUGCCUACAAGUGAUCACGAAGAGAGGCGGUCGAGGCGCGAGGAAUACCGAAAUCGCCACGAUGAAAUGUCUUCAUCGCAGCGGAAAAGAACUCAUGAAGAGAAUACAAAAGAUGAGAGACACAAGGAAAGACAUGAAGAGCGAAAAAAAAGGCGAGACAGGUCGAGGGAGAGAAAAGAUGAAAGAGAUAACAAAGGAUAUGACAGGGUGGAGAAGGAUAAAGAAGAACAAAAAAAGAAUGAAAAUUCAGACGAAAAAGAUGUUAAGAAACCUGAUGAAUUGGAUAAAAAUACUGAUGCAAAGAAAAAAGAAUCAAUACUAACAAGAGCUGGUGGUGCUUACAUUCCUCCUGCAAAGCUCAAGAUGCUUCAGGAACAAAUUACUGACAAAAGCAGUACUGAGUACCAGAGAUUAAGCUGGGAGGCAUUAAAGAAAAGUAUUAAUGGUCUUAUCAAUAAGGUUAAUACAUCAAAUCUUGGAAAUAUUGUAAGAGAACUUUUCCAAGAAAAUAUUGUUCGUGGAAGAGGUUUACUUGCACAAGCUAUUAUCAAGGCACAGUCCAGUUCACCAACCUUCACUCAUGUUUAUGCUGCCCUUGUGUCUGUUAUUAAUACUAAGUUUCCAAAAAUUGGUGAUCUCAUUUUAAGAAGAUUGAUUUUACUCUUCCGACGAUCAUACAGACGGAAUAACAAGGCUAUUUGUCUCUCUGCUACCAGAUUUAUCGCACAUUUAAUUAAUCAACAAGUUGCUCAUGAAAUUCUAGCUUUGGAGAUUCUAACAUUACUUCUACAGACACCAACAGAUGACAGUGUUGAAUUAUCUAUUGCUUUCCUGAAAGAGUGUGGAAUGAAACUCACCGAUGUUUCCCCAAGGGGAAUUAAUGCUGUAUUUGAACGCCUCAGAAACAUUCUACACAACUCAGAGAUUGAAAAGAGAGUUCAGUAUAUGGUUGAAGUUAUGUUUGCUAUUAGGAAAGACAAAUUUAAAGAUCAUCCUUCUGUAAUUGAAGAACUUGAUGUUGUUGAUGAAUCCGACCAAAUUACUCAUUUAUUACGUCUUGAAGAAGCUGGAAAAACUGAAGAUAUCUUAAAUGUUUUCAAGUUUGAUCCAGAUUAUCUCGCUAACGAAGAAAAAUACAACCAGAUCAAGAAAGAGUUACUUGGUGAAGGUUCGUCUGAUGGUGAAUCCAGUGACGAAGGCUCAGAAAGUGAUGACGAAAACAGCGACGACAACGCAGAGGAAUCAGAAAAAAUGGACAUCUUGGACCAAACAGAAACUAACCUUGUUGCCUUGCGUCGCACCGUUUAUCUCACUAUUCAAUCAAGUUUGGAUUAUCAGGAAUGUGCUCAUAAAAUGAUGAAAAUGCAAAUUCAACCAAGUCAAAUGGGGGAAGUAUGUAACAUGGUUAUCGACUGUUGUGCUCAACAGAGAUCUUAUGAAAAGUUUUUUGGACUUCUUGGACAGCGAUUUUGUCAACUCAAGAGAGAAUAUGUCGAUGAAUUCGUUCGACUUUUUAAAGAUCAAUACGACACGAUCCAUAGAUUGGAGACGAACAAGUUAAGAAAUGUUGCGAAGUUUUUCAGCCAUCUUCUCUACACUGACGCAAUACCUUGGACGGUUCUUGCUGAUAUCAAUCUGAACGAAGAAGAAACGACCUCUUCAAGUCGUAUUUUUAUAAAGAUUUUAUUUCAAGAGUUAUCAGAAUACAUGGGCCUUCCGAAACUGAAUGAGAGACUAAAAGAUGAGACACUGCAGAUGUAUUUUGAAGGACUGUUUCCGCGCGAUAAUCCUCGAAACACGCGAUUUGCUAUCAACUUUUUCACAGCAAUCGGUCUUGGUGGCCUUACAGAUGGUUUGCGUGAGCAUUUAAAGAACGCACCCAAGAAGACAAUCUCUAAACCCGAGUCUUCAGACUCUUCGGACAGCAGUGAUUCCAGCGAGUCCAACAGUGAAGAUUCCAGUGAUAGUGAAGAUAGUUCAUCUUCAUCAGAGGAGGAAGACAGAAAGAAGAAAAGGUCACGACGCAAAGAGAGUUCAUCAAAACAUCAUCCAGAGCGAUCAUCAAAAGGAAGGCACUCUGACGGUAAUUCCUCAAGGAAGAGGAGAUAGAAGAAAUUAUCAUGUCGAAUGAAGCAAAUGGAUGAACAUCAGAUGAAAGUGACCACUAUAAUUUUCGUGAAGCAAGAAUUUAUCGGUCGGAUGAUGUGCUUAACCGACUGACUUCGUAUUUCUUGUUCGGUCAACUGAAUUCCUAAAGGAUGAAGUGAAUGAUAUAAACAUUGAUAUAAACCCUUUUUUCUAGUCUUGAUAGCUUUUCCUGAAAGUUGAACACUGUGGUCUCCGUGUGCAGAAAAAAAGGAGAAUAAUACAAAAGAUUUUUUCACUUUGUACAGAAAAUUAAAA